AUGCUCAUCAAACUGUUCCUUCUCUGUACGAUCUUUGUUUCGAUGAUCGUCGGAUGCAAGAAAAAGAAUGAAGCAUCCAAGCUAAAGCCACGUAAUCUGGAUAAAGGCAGUGCCGGGACACCCGUGGCUGGAAACACUCCGAAUAAGCAACCAGCGAUUGAGCCAGCUGUAGCUUCGAAGCAAGCGGAUCCGGACCCGGGAAAUCAGGAAAAGAUGGCUGAACGGCCAGCAGAUGACAACGAGACAAUCAACGACGCCAAGUCCAACUGGGGAGCCGUUGUUUAA